ACUUGGAUUCUUACGAUCCUUUUGUUAAUUGUUCCUGUUAUUAAAACCGAGAAUUACAAUAUCGUUAAUAUCGAUUUAUUUACGUGUCAUUGCCAUAAUUACAAUUAUCUUCAAGACUGCGAAUCAUCAAGAAACUCGAAUUAUCUCCUUAUAAGUUUCUCGUAUGUUUUGCAAGAUUUCAUAAGUGUUUUAUUAAAUGGCACAUGCACGUAUGAUUCAUUAUCUCUUACAAAUCGAUUUGAAAGUAGUACAAAAGAUGCAAUUGGCAGCGUAAGGAAAUUGCCAAAAUUGUUAACAGACAAAUUGAUAAAUAUACCAAUCCAUUCCGAAAGGUUAUUAAUUACAACUUCUUUGAAAAACACGAUUAAUCGUUUUCUAAAUGACACUCCAGUGUCAAAAUCUAUAGAAGGAAAUGGCGAAUUUCAAAGCUAUCAAGUUGCAGACUACAGAUGGAGGCGAAGAGCAUUAUGUACAAUUUCUGAAAACCAGAAAUAUUUCACGGGAAGUUUGCUCGAAAAUAAAGAAAAUACAGGUAAAGGAAAGACGCUAUUAGAUUACGACGAACUAGUUUCCAUGAAUGAUAUUGACGAUCCAGACUCUUUAGAAACACAUGUACGAGUGAAAAGAAGCAAAUCAGAAUCGAAUCCUGUUUCUGCGUUCAGAUAUCAACGAGAUUAUUUAAAAGAUUUAGCCAACUCUUUCCCUCGAGAUUCGUACGAUUCGAUAGGAGGAAACCUUUAUGACGAUGAUGUUUCGUUUGACACGAAACGAGAAAUCAAAUCACAGGCAUACUCUGUAAAUGACAAACAAUUCGAUGAAUCUUUAGAUGAAAAUGGACCGAUUGUGGUUCCUUUACACCUUAGUGAAGAUAAAUCUGACAUUAGAGAUUUUAUUAGCCCACGGUCUGAUAUUCGCAGAAUAAAUACAGGAAAAAGAAACAUAAAAUUUACAGGUCAAACAAGAAGCAAAGAAACUGUAUCGUUACAAGAACCGUUAAAUGACGUUAUUCAAGCAAGCAAGAAAUCAUACGAAGAUCCGGAAGUCGAGAAUUUGCUAGCAGUAGAACUCGUUAGGAAGAAACGAGACGAUUACUCAAAGAUACAUAAGAAAAGAAAUUUAGGAGAGGAAAACUCAUCUGAUGUACAAGGUGCAAUUGAUAAAAAAGAAGAAUCCAACGAAAAGGAACGAUCGACCAUAUCAGAAUCAGAAAGCAGCAUUGUUGAGAAGCAUUUAAAUCCACCGAGUUCAAAUGUCGCUAAUGUAAAAGCAGAUCUGCUACGAAUUAGAAGAAAAGCGAGGAAACACAGUCACGACGAAACGAAUAAAUUAAAACAGAAAGAGAAACAUAUAGGGAAGAAACACGACGUUUCGAAAAUUUCUCUGCGAUCGGAUCGAUCGAAAGUGCCUCGCAAAGCGAAAAGCAAAGCGAGUAAAGCGACAGGCGAGGGUAAUUUAAAAGUAGAAAUUGCUAAUCUAGUGGCUAAGAAAUAUAAUGACAACAAUUUUCGUCGUAGAUCUGUAAAAUCGGGAAAAUCGAUCGAUAGAACUGAUUCUGAAAACGAUUUUUCGAAAUUGAAAAGAAAUAAGAAAAACACUGACGACAUCUCGAGAUCUUCAUUAGUAGAAAGAGACUCGAUAGCCGCAGGUGGCGCCGAUGAUUUAAAUUUAAAUGCUCUCGCGACAGAAAAUAAAAAGCAGAAAACGUUCGAAGAAACCGAAAAAUCGCCACAGAGUACAAAAUUACGAACAAAACGAAAUAGGCAUACCGAAUCGGGUCAUGGUUUUUUAAAUAAGGAAGAGGAGUUGAAGUAUUAUGAGAAUAUACGGGAGCCUGGAACUGAAAUCGAUCACUGCAACGAUGAAGAUGAAACUCGACUAGCGAUGAUCAAUGAAAUGGAUCCUAAUCGGGCUGUACGAUCAAUCGAAGAAGUUAAAGAACUCGCGGAGCAAUUAGUGACAAAGGUAAAUGAGCUUCAAAAUUAUAUGAACAUCGACGAAACAUCAGGAAAGGAGAAGCAAGAGAAAAAAAUAAAAACACGUGCGAUCGACGAUUUAUGUUCAAAUGUUAGCACUAGGUGCGACGCUUUCAAGGAAACGCCUGAAAUUGUUCAGAAAUGUGUGCCGACAAACCGUGAUGGAUCGGUGGUCAAGAUUGUCGAAAGAAAAGUGAGUCCGGUUGAAACAGUUAACGACCAUAAACUCGUUAAGAUUCCAAGGAAACAUUCGUUAGAGAAAAAGAGAUCGGUGACUAGACGCGUUGGUAAGACAUCGUCAACUACUUCAAGAACAAUUCGCGAAGAAAAUGAGGUCAGAAUAAAGUCAGGUCAUAAAUGGGGCAAAUGGACAGACUGGAGUAGCUGUAGCGUUACAUGCGGCAAAGGUCGUCAAAUAAGAUGGCGAUAUUGUUUACGUGAUUGUAGCACUGCAGAAACUGAGAUGGAAGAGAAGGCUUGCCAAUUGCCAGCUUGUCCACCAGGAAAAUUCCUCGGUAUAUUU